AUGGAAAUGUGUGCUGCAACGGCGAAUGCUCACUUGCGGUGCUCACCUCGGGGAGCGGGGCCUGGGCCCCAGGAGCUGCUGGUGGAAGUGGCGCUCGUAGCCGCGCAACGGGGCGGGGAUAGUAUUUGCAAUUGGUCUUCCGUUCCUAUGCUGCAGUGUUUAAGUGCACAAUUUAGUCAGAGAGGCAAUGCGAUCCAGAUGCCAAACCUCUGUAUCAAUGACGCGAAUAGGCCCCGAUUGAGGCUGGUUCUCCGCGAAGCGCUCCGCCGACGUACGUACGUUCCGCAAGAAGGCCUCGAAGAGCCGGAUCUUGGUGGCGAUGAGCUCGGCCUGCCGGGCGGAGAGCGGCGGCGCGCCGGGCGGGCGGUCGGCGUUGGCCAGCAGCCGCACCACGCGGGCCAUGAAGGCGAUCUCGGCCUUGAGCACCGCUUCGGCCUUGAGGCGCCCCGUCGCCGGCUGAAGGUCGUCGCCCUCGCGCCUCGGCACCAGCGCGCGCGCCGCCGCCUUCGCUUGCGUCGACAGCAGCACCAAGAAGAUGAUGAAGAAGAAGAAGAAGAAGAAGAAGAAGAAGAAGAAGAAGAAGAGGAAGAGGGAGAAUAUGAAGAUGGAGAAGAGGAGAUGGAGUAA